AUGCACCUCCCCAACCUCCUCCCCCUAGGCCUACUCAGCCUAGGCCUGGCCACCACCGCAUCCGCCGCACCCAAAGACAGCACCACCACCACGCCCAGCAAAACCAGCACCGAAUUCACCCACCCGGGCGUCUUCCUCUCCUCGUCCCAACUCAAACACAUCGCCUCGCAGGUCUCCGCCAACCAAGGCCCCCAAGCAGCCGCCUACGAGUCGAUGAUGUCCCACGAAUUCGCCUCCCGGACCGAACCCUCGCCCUUCGCGACGGUCGAAUGCGGGCCCACCUCCACCCCCGACGUAGGCUGCCACGAGGAGCGCGAGGACGCGCUAACGGCGUACCUGAACGCCCUGGCGUGGGUGGUCACGGGGACGAAGAAGUAUGCGGACCGCGCGAUCGAGUUCAUGAAUGCCUGGUCUAGCACUGUCGAGGGACAUAGUAAUUCGAAUGCGCCGUUGCAGGCGGCGUGGUCUGCUGCGUCGUGGGCCAGGGCUGCUGAGAUCAUCAGGUAUAGUGAGGCGGGGUGGGAGGAGAGUGAUGUGGAGCAGUUUGAGGGCAUGUUGAGGGAUGUGUAUUUGCCGGAGAUUAUUGAGGGGGCGCCGGGGAAGAAUGGGAAUUGGGAACUUGUCAUGAUGGAAGCAGCACUCGGCAUCUCCGUCUUCAUCAAUGACCGCGAAAGCUACGACAAAGCCAUGGAAAUAUUCCUCAAGCGAGUCCCAGCAUAUAUCUAUCUCACCAAGGAUGGCGACCUCCCCAAAACCAGCCCCGAAGACAAUCUCUCUUCCUCCUCCUCAAUCAUCGACUUCUGGCAAGGCCAAUCGACCUUCUCCGAGAACGGCAUCUCGCAAGAAACAUGCCGCGACUUCGCGCACACCGGAUACGGCAUCGCAUCGAUCGCACACGUCGCCGAGACAGCGCGCAUCCAGGGCCGCGACCUCUAUGAGGAAGACACGGGCGAGAGACUGCGGUAUGCGCUGGGUUUCCACACGAAGUAUCAGUUGCAGGGGUCCUUGCCGGGGGAUAUCUGUGGGGGCGAUUUGGAGCGGGAGUUGAGUGAUGUGACUGAGGUGGCGUUCAAUGGACUCUCGUUUAGAGGAAACCAUACCAUGACCAAUACGGAGAAGUAUACCCUUGAGAGACGUCCUGCUGGGACUGAUAAGUUGUUUAUCGGGUGGGAGACUCUGACUCAUGCUCAGAAUGAUGCGUGA